GAUAAUGUUGAGGAGGUCUUACUUAAACCGCCCGUUGACCCUGAUCGCAAGAGGAAACUCUUGACUUCCACAUAUUGACUAUGGAGCUGGAGCUUGAUAACGGCCGGACGCCGGCUGAGACGUCGCGCAAAGCCGAUCAUCUCUGCGUGUUGGUGCAUGGACUAUGGGGUAAUCCCUCCCACCUGGACUUCAUCGCCACCUCCCUGAGAGACCGAUACAAGGAGGACCGCCUCCACAUCCUCGCCGCAAAGCGCAACUCCGGAAACUACACCUACGAUGGCAUUGAGCUUGGCGGUGAGCGCUUAGCCCACGAGGUGGAGGAGACCCUGGAGCGACUCGCCGAAGAAGGCCACAACAUCCGGAAACUGAGUGUCGUCGGCUACUCGCUCGGAGGGCUGGUGGCGCGAUACGCCCUGGGACUGCUCUACGCGCGGGGGUGGCUCGACAAACUGGAGCCCGUCAACUUCACCACCUUCGUCUCGCCGCACGUCGGGGUGCGCUUCCCGCUGAAGGGAACCUGGGGAUUCCUGUGGAACAAUGUUGGGCCACGGACGAUCUCCAUGUCGGGGAAGCAGCUGUUCAUGAUCGACACCUUUCGCGACACGGGGCGCCCGCUGCUCAGUGUGCUGGCGGAUCCGGAUAGCAUCUUCAUCAAGGCGCUGAAGACCUUCAAGCAUCGCUGCGUCUAUUCGAACAUCGUCAACGACCGGUCCACCAUCUUCUACACCACCGCCAUCUCAGCCAUCAAUCCCUUCGAGGACCUGGAGAAUGUACAGUUCGACUACGUGGAGGGGUACGAGCCCGUCAUCAUCGAUGCCACCAAGCCCGUCACCGUCGUCCAGCCCCUGCGUCCGUCCUGGCUGGAGCAGUUCCAGCGCCAGGUCGCCAGUUUCUUCACGAACCUGCCCUUCCAAACCCUCUUUACGGCCUUCGUCAUCAUCGGCGUGCCCUUAUUCCUAUUAAACGCAGUGGUCCAGAACUUCCGCAGCCAACGCCGCAUCCGCCACCACGAGGCCGCACACUCGCGCAAGAUCUUCGACCGCUACCGCGUGCCCGUCCUAGUCAACGAGGUCCAGCACGUCGUCGAGGAGGUCUUCGAGAGCGCCGGCGCUCGCCAGAAGCCCGAUUAUUUGUCUUUUACCACCACCACAUCCAAUAAGAAGACAUCCGACGCACCCAAGAGACGUCUAGUAACAACCUCAUCCGCGGCGGACCUGGAAAGCAAACUCGAUGAAGACGACAUCGAGCCGCUGCUCCGGCGCAGCAGCACGACCGACAGUUUUGCGAGCGAGAAAUUCCCCACCCUGGCACUGACUCCGGCGCAGUUCUCCAUCAUCGAUUCGCUGAACUCGGUGGGCUUCCGGAAGUUCCCGGUCUGGAUCCAUAACCAUCGGCAUAGCCACGCCGCUAUCAUCAUUCGAGUCAAGAAGAGGGGAUUUGACGAAGGCCAGGUGGUCGUGAAGCAUUGGUUAGACCAGGAGUUUGAGAUAUAAGACCCUGCCCAUCAUCACUUUUUGCUAGAGGUCGUAUAUUUGGGACAAGAGUCAAGCGCAACCGUAGAAAGACAUAGCUAUUCUUAUUUUUGAUGCACAAAGACAGCAUGCAGGGU